CCCCACGUCUGCGCGCUUUGCUGUUUCUAUAGGAAACAAGGCCGCUAUUCAUCCCGGGUCUCUAAAAUGCGGAGUCGCGAGGAAGUGGACGCCACGCUGCAAGUGGCUAAAGUGAACCCGGCGGAGUUGCUUCCCGUCGUGCAGUGCCUCAGCUUCUGCGCCCAGGAAGAUGCGGCGGACCACUACCUGCUACAGCUGGAACCAGAGCUUUGCGCCGAGUUGGAGGCGGGGCACAGUUUGGUGAUCCGUGGAGACAGAGAAGAACAUGCUGUCCUCUGCAGUAAAGAUAAGACCUAUGACAUGAAAAUAGCAGAUACCUCCAAUACCUUGCUUAUCAUACCCACUUGUAAAACCACAGAACAGCUUAGUGCAUGCGAUUCUACUUCCAACAUCCUGCAUACUCAGAUUGCAGGUUUCUCCAAAACUUUCUGGGAACUAAGAAGAUGUCAGCCUAAAUUAAAGAAACUCAAGAAACUUCUAAUGGAAAAUCCAUAUGAAGGACCAGACAGUGAGCAAGAGAGGACUUCAACUAAAUCUAAGUAUACAACAGAAGACUUGCUAGAACAGGUCCAAGCAAGCGAAGAAGAAAUAAUGCAUCAGCUGCUGAUUCUAAAAGCAUGCCAAAUUAAAGGCUAUUGGAGGAUUCUGGACUUCGAUUAUGAGAUGAAAUUGUUGAAUCAUGUAACUCAGCUAAUAUAUACUGAAUCCUGGCCAUUCAACAAGGUUCCUUUAAGCAUCUGCCUUCAAGAGCUUGGUCCUCUAGAACCAAAGGAAAUGAUAGAACACAUUCUUAUGAGUUAUGGACAGAAAUACAUAGAUGAAGGCACAACUUACUUUGAAAUGAAUGAAGAGAAGAUAUGCAGAGCUAUUGCACAAAUGCUCUUGCAAAAUGCAGUUAAGUUCAGUCUCUCAGAAUUCCAAGAGGUUUGGCAGCAAAGUGUCCCUGAAGGAAUGACAACUAGUCAGGACCAGCUAAAGGGGCUGGCUCUUGUGGAUCAGUCUUCUAGACCAGAGACUAUUUUCUUGUUAAAUGUGGAAGACUUGCCAGAAGAUAACCAAGAAAGAUUUAACAGCUUGUUCAGCAUUAGGGAAAAAUGGACAGAAGCUGAAAUAGCUCCAUAUAUACAGGACUUGUGUUCAGAGAAGCAAACAAUUGGCACACUGCUGACAAAAUAUGCUCGUUCUUCAAUGCAGAAUGGACUCAAAGUUUAUAACUCCAGAAGGCCCAUUUCGUAGGAAGCAACACUAAGUGCUAUAGAUAUUUUAUACUUAUCUACUCUUGGCUUAAAUUUGGGAUGGGGUUGUUGAGAUUUAUCAACAAUUUUUGUCACUGGUUAAAAUCACAAGGAUUGUUUAUUAAGCAUGGAGCAAUAUUAACCUAAAUCAGAAUGCUUGAUACAAUUUUGUAGAAAAACUGACUUACCUGGAAAAGUUUGAAAUACAAUAGAAGAAACAUGUUCUUCCAA